AUGGUGGAAAAGAUGCGAAGGGAUUUCAACGAACAUCAUAUAACUCAAGUACCCCCUACAGAGAAUCAACUUGGAGAGAUGCAAAUGAUGGUGGAAGUGGCCGAGCAUGUGGGAAUGAACUACCCCGAAAUUCCUGACUCUAGAUAUGUGGCUCAACCGUCGGGGCAUGCUUUGACCCACGCAAUCAAUAAACCGUUUGCGUGUAGUCAGAAUGAUUGCACCAAGAGCUAUUGUGAUCAACGAAGUCUUAGAAGACACUUGGAGAAGGGACAUAAUGUUUGCAAUGUAGAUUCUAACGACUUGAGGAAAAGUAAAUGCUAUAUUCCUAAAUAUUUCUGGAACGAGUUCUACCCAACUUACUCUCGAAAUGGCUUGACAGAAGCAAGUAACUCGAUGACAAAUAUAUCUAAUAUCAAUAGAUUGCAGACAUUUAAUGGUGUUAUCGAAGAAGGCAAUUCGGAAGGUAACAAUAUCGGGGAUUUUGUGACUGUAAAAGUCUCCCGAAAACACUCAAGUUCUCCAAGCAAAAUGGAACGAAUUCGGCAAGCGGAUAUAGAUUCAGAAGGUGAAAAAGACGAGAAAAUGCAGCCUGGAAUAGACGCAGUUGGUAGCUCAGCUGCAAAUUAUCCAAACACACAAUCGAGUGCUUUCUCCGAAUGUGGGGGCAAAAGUAAAGUUGUAAAAUCCCGCUCACAUGUUCCUCCGCCUCGAUUUUUGUCCAAAGUUGCCCAACAUGGCUGUGAGAUGCAAUCGCCGAGUCGGCGUACCAACUCGGUCCGACCGAACUACCACAGCCUGGAAAUUCAUUCAAACGAAGACCUCUACUCGCCCAUUCCUGAGUUGAACAAAUAUAGAAGUGCGUCUGUCGACGAGAGCAAAUUACGAAUGAAGCAAUACGACGAUUUUCUCAAUGAUGUAAAUGAUUAUAUUGAGAAAGAUCUGAGAGAUAUGGAGGAAAAACGCAAUGAGAGGGAGUACUCAAGAAAACCAGCAGCCGUCAAUGCGUCUUUCUCAGGGUCAUCAUCUCCAGCUUCUAUGCAGUCUCCUGGAACGCUGAGCGUGCAAAUAUGGGACACUGGAAGCCAGAACCCAGCCUUAUCGCCAGGAGCAUCGCAUCAUUCCGGCUCCAAACCGACAAGCAACAAUAAUUCGCCCAACUUACCAGUAUACCAACAGCAGUUUAGUUCGAGUAACUGUAAGCUUAAACUGCCGGUCAGCUUAGCCAGUAAACCUCCCGCCCAGUUCUCGUUUGCGAACAUGUCGCCUCAUCAAGUACAUAUUGGAACUAAACUGCACGUGGAGUGUCCGCCUGUUCCUACUCGGCCUUUUUCUGCCUCGACUGAGUGGGGCUCGAUCGGAGGUCACAGACAUGUAACAGCCUCAGGACAUGUGCACGCAUUGGGAGGCAGAGACUGUCCAAGUGCGACUAGCUUAGUGACUCCAAAGAGUGCAGAUAGUGUGUUCACGUUUGACUUGCCACCUCAGACUCCACCCAUCAAGUUCGAAAGCAGCAGCCACGGCCACUCAACUGCUGCAGGGAUCAGUUGCGCAAAGGCCCUGUUGCCCCACGCAGACCAACUAUCGAACAGUGACAUAUCAAUGAAGGAGGAACUGGAGGCAUCGGCGGCCAGCCUGUUCUACGGAACAACCGCAGCAGGUGGCAACACAAGAGAGGGUAGUUGCAGUGGGGGCAGUGGAGGGGACACGAGCAGCCACUGCAGUUCUUCUCUCUCGGGAUGUACAAUUCCAAUGUGUAAUACAGCAACAGGGGAGAAUAAUAAUAGCUCUGCGUUUUCAUCUACCUGUGCUUACCAGAUGUCACCCUCCGGGAUAUCGUCUAGUAGCAACCAACACCAGCAUCAUCAUGGCCAGCAGCAUACCCCUACUCACACACACCUUUCUCAAAAUCAACUCAGGUCACCAGUUGCGGGGAUGAGCGGGAGCGAUGAGGAUGCGGGCAGCCGCAGCUCAGCCUUAGUCACAGCAACCGAACAGAGUCUUCUAAUCGCAGCAUCCUCCCUCUCCUCUUCCUCCCCCCAGUUCAACCCACACUACCAUCUCCACGACCUCUCCGAUUCAUCAUCCCCCUCCCCCUCUUCAAAUGUGUUCAAGGUGCCGCGACAGCCGCAGCCACCUGCAUGUUCCCCUACUCAAUACCGGAGUAUCAAACGAAAGUCCAAACCGACCCCCUUGAAAAUAAACAACCCAGAGUACCAUGGAACCACUGGAUCAGCUGGUACUGUGUUCCAGAGUUGGCUCAAAUCUCCAAGAUUGGAUAUCGCCGGCAGAUCCCCAAUGGUGCAAAAGAAGUCAACAGGAGCUCCUCUCUCGGCGUCAUCUAUUCUCGAGAGGAACUCGGGAUGCACCGCUCUCUCCUCCGCUCCAUCCUCCAUACCCUACACUCCUCCUCCGAUGCUGAACCCCCUGAGAAAUGGGUCCGGUCUGUUUGCUUCCCAAUUCGUGCCACCCACGCCCUUCACGCCUCCGAAGGAAGAAGUGCAGGACCCGGUGAUCAACGUAGGCCAGAAGUUCCAAGCGGAUAUUCCGGACUUGGUGACUACUGGAACUGCUGCUGGAUCAUCCCCCUCCUCGGCGUCUAGAGCAGAAGUGACGAGAGAUCGCAGCGUGCAUCUAUGGAGUCCGUCAACGUGCAAGCUUUUCGCGAAUUCUGAGUUGGAAGACUACUUUGCGCUGUCGCAGUCCUGUGCAAUAAAUGGAGGGGGAAGCAACGUGGAACUAGCCCACCACGUGUUGCAUCUGUCCAGGAGCAUCAAGGCCGCACUUCGCAUGUUAUUGAGAAGGAAGACCAGGGUCGUGGAGUCAAGAUGUCCAUUCGUGGACUAUCCCUACCAGAGCAGUGUGUAUUGGAGUCACUGGGAGAGGAUGCAGUUCAACAGGGCCUACAAUAGACUCGGAAAAGACUUCUUCCUCAUAUCCAAAGAGCUGAGAAGCAAAAGUAUCCGGCAGAUUGUGGAAUACUAUUACGACUGGAAGGUGCUGUGUCCGAACGAGACCACCCCUGAAGGAGGGGAGGGAGAAGAUUACUCAAUGCCAGUGGAAGACACAUGCGAUGAUGAGAUAUUCACACACGGGACCGAGAGUUUCAAAAAUUUGACCCUCACACAACAGGAUGAGAUAGAAGAUCCGCUGGCGCAUUUAAAUUCCGGUCGAAAUGGCGAAGAAGUGCUCGGCAAACGUCGCAGACUGAGUCGUUCAUGCGAGCUGGAAAACGAAGUGACCAGAAAAGAGGCCAGGCUUGACCUGCUCUCGAAUCCGCACUCUGUGCAUUCUUACACUUCGUCCGAGAAACCGAAAAGUAGCGAGGAAGUCUCGAAUGAUUCUGAUCUGUGGUCGUUCAGUUCCGUAGACCAACUUCCCUACUUCAGCAACAGAAGUGAGGAGCCAUCAUUUGCAUCGUUCAGCUCAAUCGAAUCGGCAAUCAGUAAGAAGGCAAUGUCAAAUGAGUCAUCAUCAGGAGCUGGACUGACAUCAUCGGCAUCAGUAGCAGGCGAACUGCAAUUGGUGCCGAAUGUGAGUGUGGGCGUGUCGGGUGGCUCCAAUCAGAAGACGACAACAACAACUGCCGAUUGCUCAUAUUUUCCAUGUAAACUAUGCGGAAAGAUCUUCCACAAAGUGAAGAGUCGCAACGCUCAUAUGAAGUCACACAGUCUGAAAGUAUUGGCCGAGAGAGAAGCGAACGCAGUUUUGAAAAGCGCCGCGUCAGGUGCUCUGUCUACCGCGCAACAGCAACUUCACUCGGCCACGACAGAAAACAGUAUUAGUAAUAAUAGUAACAUAACGAAUUCUAGUUUAGACCACAAAUUCACAGUGGAAGCCUUAGCCAUGGCACAGCCGCCUGUCAAGUUCUCAGCUGAAAUGUUCGAAAAUGAAAGUUUGGCUACAUCUACAAGAAUGCGUGAACAGAUUCGAACGGGAUCAUUUGCGCCAAGUGGAGCGACUGGAAAUUUCACGACAGCGGUUUUAGGAGUAGGCGGCGACCUGUUAGGUGCGAGCGGAAAGCAAAAAGGCCACUCUAGCAGAUCAUCAUCGCAUAUGCCGAUUCAGAAUCAAGCACAGGUGAUUAAACAGGAGUCUAUCACAGGUGGAAAUAAUCAGCAGAUUGUUCAUCAUCCAGGCAUGCACAAUUUGAAACACCACAGGGUAUCCGUAUCUUCGGCACAUGUAACCUCAGCUUCCUCAUCAUCAUCCUUACCACACACGGUGUCCCAAUUUCACCUGAAUCCAGCAUCAGUAUCUUCGUAUCCUAACGUUAGUAGUGUAGCGACCAGACAUGGACUUGGACCACUAACCUGUAACACACUACCAAAUCAGACUCAAAACCAGAGCGAUUUAGUUCCUGGUAACAACUCGGUCCAACAAAUGACCUCGCCUAAUUUUCCAGCACAGUCACAACUGGCUUUGAAUGCAGCGAAUGUGGGCAAUGUGCAUCAUUUGAGAGGAUGGAACCAACUUCACUAGAUGAAUAAAAGGGACCAAGAAGAAAUUUCAAAGAAAAGAGGGUAAAAGUGAAGUGAACUAACUAAUCUUGAACAACAAUGAGCAGAGUUUGAUGCAACAUGAACUAAACUGUUUUUAGUGGUACUAUUUAUAAAUUGUGCAUAAUGUAUUAAAAAAUCUCUAUCUUUUCCAUUGGGGAAAUUCUCCCACCCACGUGACAUAAUGACCGAAUGUCAGUGACUUCUAUUAGACCAUUACAAUUGAGUACACAAAAGGUGAAUGUAAUAGCGCGAAUUUGUCAGCGCUUUGGACAAUUUUGAAAGGAUUUGAUUGGUUGGAAUAUUCUGACUUUGGUUUUCUCUGUCACGAUAAUAGCCCUUCUUUUCAAUCCGUGAUUUAUGUCUCAUUCUUGAUAAGUGUUGCCUUUCCUGCCGAGCAGUAACUGUUUACGUUUAGAAUAUUAUUAAAUAAUAUUUUGUUUACAAUCAGAGGAAAAUAAUGAUGUUAGUCGCAGAGCGACUCUUUUAGAUCAUUAGUUAUUUUGUAUCUGUGUUGAAUCAUUAAUUGUGAAUAUUUUUCAAUUAUAUCAAGUUGAACUGAUAGCAAGAACAGUAAAGUUUUAAUCAUUUGUUGUUAUAGUUUA